GGAAGCAGCGUUGGGGAGAACAAAGUUUGCAACACUUGGGCACUUGACUACUCGCUUCCUUCGUGCCUAUGGGAACAACCGAUUCCUAAACAGAACAGCCAGCCGGGCAACUGACACUACUGAUGACUUGCUGCUGUUGCAAAGUUUCCGCUAUUUUAAUGUAUUGAAAUCCAGGAUCCUAAAUAACCAGCCCUCCCAACCCGCUCCCCCUUCUAGGAUUUUUGGAGCUAUAUGGAGGGAUCUCAGGAUGGUUUGCACCAGGAAAACCAAAACUUUAGUGUCCACUUGCGUGAUCUUGAGUGGAAUGACUAACAUCAUCUGUCUGCUCUACGUGGGCUGGGUCACCAACUACAUUGCCAGUGUCUAUGUGAAAGUGCAGGAGCCAAUCUCAGAGAAAAAGUUAGAGGAAGACAAAGGGGACACUUUACGGAUUAUAGAAAGGCUGGAUCACUUGGAAAAUGUCAUCAAGCAGCACAUACAAGAAGCUCCACCAAAGCUGGAAGAAAAUCCUGCUGAAGCUUUCACUGACUCAUCCCUCUUUGCUCACUGGGGCCAGGACCUCAGUCCUGAAAACCGACGCAUUGCCCUUAAACAAUUCCAGUAUUAUGGCUACAAUGCUUACUUGAGUGAUCGCCUACCAUUGGAUAGGCCACUACCUGACCUGAGGCCAAAUGGGUGCAGAAACCUCACAUUUCCUAACAGCCUUCCUGAGGUCAGCAUUGUUUUCAUAUUUGUUAAUGAAGCCCUCUCAGUGAUUCUGCGCUCCAUUCAUUCUGCUAUUGACCGGACUCCUCCUCACCUACUCAAAGAAAUUAUCUUAGUGGAUGAUAACAGUAAUAAUGAAGAUCUCAAGGAGAAACUAAAGGAGUAUGUUGACGAGGUGAAUAUGCGGAAGCCUGGAUUCAUCAAGGUGGUCCGACACAGCAAGCAAGAGGGGCUGAUCCGGUCUCGAGUCAGCGGAUGGAGAGCUGCCACUGCACCAGUUGUUGCGCUCUUCGAUGCUCAUGUGGAAUUCAGCGUGGGAUGGGCUGAACCAGUACUCAUGAGGAUUAAGGAAAACAGAAAAAGGGUCAUUUCUCCUUCGUUUGAUAACAUCAAAUAUGAUAAUUUUGAAAUAGAGGAAUACCCCCUAUCAGCACAGGGGUUUGACUGGGAACUGUGGUGUCGAUAUCUGAAUCCUCCAAAAUCAUGGUGGAAGCUGGAAAACUCAACUGCUCCGAUAAGAAGCCCUGCACUGAUUGGAUGCUUCAUAGUAGACAGGGAGUACUUCCAAGAGAUUGGCUUACUAGAUGAAGGCAUGGAGGUCUAUGGAGGAGAGAAUGUGGAGCUUGGGAUCAGGGUAUGGCAAUGUGGAGGUAGUGUUGAGGUGCUGCCUUGCUCCAGGAUUGCCCAUAUUGAAAGAGCCCAUAAGCCGUACACAGAAGACCUCACUGCUCAUGUCCGAAGGAAUGCGCUAAGAGUGGCCGAAGUCUGGAUGGAUGAAUUUAAAAGCCAUGUUUACAUGGCAUGGAAUAUACCCCAAGAGGAUUCUGGAAUUGACAUUGGUGAUAUUUCUGAGAGGAAGGCCCUGAGGAAAAAACUACAGUGCAAGACCUUUAGGUGGUACCUUGUCAGUGUAUAUCCAGAAAUGAGAAUGUACUCAGACACUAUCGCCUAUGGGGUGCUGCAGAAUUCCCUGAAAAGUGAUUUGUGCCUUGAUCAGGGGCCAGACACAGAAAAUAUUCCAAUCAUGUAUAUCUGCCAUGGAAUGACACCACAGAAUGUUUAUUAUACAAGUAAUCAGCAGAUCCAUGUGGGUGUUCUGAGUCCCACUAUUGAUGAUGAUGACAACAGAUGCCUGGUGGAUGUGAACAGCAGGCCCAGACUCAUUGAAUGCAAUUAUGCCAAAGCCAAGAGGAUGAAGCUUUACUGGCAAUUUACUCAGAUGACAGUCCUGUCAGAAUCUCCAACAAAGUCUAGCCCUUAUAAUCCUAAGAGGGCUUCAGAACCAGGAACCGGGAGAAGACUAUUGAUAAUCAGUGUAAACUAUUUUGUUUGGUUUGAUUUCCUCUACCCUGAAGCACUACAGAACAGUCUUAGCACAGAUAAAGUUAAAUACAUGCAAAGGCAAAAUGUGAUGACCAUGAUAAACCACAUUGUUAUGACUCUCCUUCAGUCGUGCCUGGAUUGAGUCCUCUUCAGAGUUCAAUAAAUGCUGCAACUGGUCAGCUAACUAUUGCAGAGCCAUCCCUUCCCAGGAAUUUUGCCUGCCACUGCUAUGGGCUUCAAACCUAUGUGAGCCAGCUCACAAUGAUAGACUGAAACUCUGAUCUCUGAAUGUCAGUCCUCCUACUUAUCACAGUGGAUCAUAAUGCUACCUUCUAGGCUGCCCUCUCAACCCUUUUCUGAGCUUGCUUUUACUGAGCUGCUGUUAGCCCCAAAAUGCACAGUCUCUAAUGAAAGCUUUCCAAGACCUGACAUGAAAUACCUAUGUUUAUUUAAGACAACAUUUUGACUGUAGCCUACAGGCAUUUUGAUAUAGAAAGCAAUUACUUGGAGAGUAAUAAAUCAGAAAAGUUACUUCUGACCUACAUUUGACUACACUGCUGGUGACUCCAGUACUAUGACAGAAAGAAUCACUGCUAUUUUUCUGCUAGACAAUCUACUUGGUUUAUAAACUAUAAAUAUUUGCUUAGAAUAGGUAUUAGUUAGUUUGCUAGCUGUAAAGCAUUAAAUCUUGCCAGAAUAGCUGGCCCUCCUAAUUCACUAUAAAAGUUACAGGAGCAUUAUGGUGUUAAUCAGAGAGACAAAGUUGGUUGAGCAAGCCCUUUCAGACCUACAGUUCUGAAAAUAUUUGGGUGUAUGCCUCCAUUUUCCCAAGAGAUUCUUAUUCAGCUGUUAAUCUGCAACUUCUUUUGUGAUGAUUGGAGAAGAAGGUGGCUGAGCUUCCUGAAGUCUGGAAUUGUUGCAACUGUGAGAUGGGAAGUGAUAAGGUCACAGUUAUAACAUAAAAGCCACCACAUUGAAACAAGUCAGUAGGUCACAUACACCAAUAUUUUGUCUCCAAUAGCAGACUAUACCAGAUGCUUCAGAGGAAGGCAAAACCCCUUCAUAAGGCACCUGAACAAUUGUGCAAUACUAUCUUGUGGGAGUGAGAUGAAUUUCUUCCUGAUCCAACUCAAUAAGAGUGACAAUCCUGUAAUUUUCAUCUUAAUGUCUUUGCAGAUUCUAUUCUUAUUAUGUGUCAAAUUCUUUUCUAAAUUUUAUUAAACA